ACCUCACCACACAGAGAUCAAUGGCCGAGUUUGUGGACGCUGUGCAGGCGGCGGGUGCGCUGGUGUGCGAGGCCAACGGGAGCAUUGUGGCGUCCAAAGGCAGCCUGGAAGACAACACCGAGGUGGCCAAGGCCGUUGUGGCUCUGCUCAACAACGCCGCGCUCCUGAUGUCCGGCACCAACGCCGAGGACAAGCUGCGGAAGGUGACCAUCACCUUUGACGAUGUCGCCUACGGUGUCACCAUCUCGGACGGCCAAGUCUUUGUCGUCCAGAACGACCUGUAAAGCAUGUAACCCACACCC